UUUAUUUUUGUUCCUAAACCAGUCUCGUUUGAAGCUUUUGGAGAGCUAUAUGACUAUAAUUCUGAUUCAGGAAUCCAUUUUUGAACAAUAAAAGUUUUGGUGCAUGUGAAUGAUGGGAUAUUGUUUUGAGAAGUAAAGAUUUUCUCCUUUGAUAGAUGUUUCAAAUGUUUGACUAAAUAAACCUUGAGAGGAUAUUUCAGUUGAACAUCAUCACAAACAUCAUAGGUAGAAGCUCUAAAUCUUUUGUGUUUAGAUGUCCCAUCACUCACAUCACAAUGAUGACUUGAAGUACUAAACUGCCUGGUUGCACUAACAGAAGCACUAGAUUGAGUUCUCACAAGAGUAGAAUCAUCAAUAGAAGACUUAGAAGACUUGUCUGUGUCAGAACUAGGUGACUGGAUGAUUGAAUUUGAGCGAGAAGCUUUGAAAUUACUACAAGACUUGGUGGAGAAACUCCCCCUUCUCUCUAAAAUGAAGAGAGAGAAACUCCCCCUUCUCUCUAAAAUUCCAACCUUUUGAACUCCGGCCAUGGAAUUUCGGCAGCAACAUGGCCGAACUAAGUACACCACCAACAAUGGACAAAGGUCCUACAUUCAAAAUCAACCACCAAGAAUCACUACUCCCUCUUGGAAUCGCAUUAAGAGCAGACCCCGUGAUAGGGGAGAUGGCUACAACAACGCUCAAAGGUUCGUGCAAAUUAGCUACAGUAGACCUCCACCUCACUGGUACAACAAACACGACCGCCAUAGCACAAGAACCAGAAUUCAAUCGAACACUCGUAUGAGGUUCAGAACAAAUCCCUACUCCACACACUACCAUACGGAUUUAGUCUUUACCCCACACUUCAAUAGAAAGGAAAUACAACUCAGAUCCUCUGCAGAACGACGGCUCCCCUCCCAUGAACUGGCUGAUGUCCAACGUCUACAUCCAGAGCACACUGACUACGCGGAAGAUAUGGACGAGUCUUGGAACAUAGUUCGCCACAGACGAAGGCGCUCCUUUCCCUAUCCCAGGGAAAGAACGAAACGAAGUUCAUCCUGGUUAGUUGAUAAUCCUAACCGUUUCAUUUUGCUUGAUUCUGAACAAGAUGACUUGAAUCUUCCUCCCCACAAUCGAUUCAAUCGACGAUUAGAGGAUAUCAGCAAGUCUGAUAUUCAAAAUACACAUCACCCUGAAGCGGCGCUCGGAAAGGAACCUUCAGAUAGGGGAACCAAUAGCGUCGAGAACUCAGGCUCCGAAUCCAUUUCGCCGAUGUCCUUACCUGCACCGAACUUAGCCGGAAGCGCCGAUGGCGAUAAGGCGCCAUGGGGAGGCCCACCGACGUGGUCCAGUGGGAACUUGAUGAAGACUGCCAAUCUGGAUCGCCAACUUGCUAGACUGGCGGUACACAGUAAGCAGUACGCAUAGCCUACAGACAAAAAGGACAGAGACACGGGGAUAAGAUUGGACCAGGGCCAUACGACUGCAGCAGUACGUAGGCUUACUUGGGCCGAAGUGGUCCGGUGGGAAGCAGACCCCUGUGGAGCCCAAUCCAGCCAUCCCAAAUCAAUCGGUAGUCCCCUCUCAAGGCACGCCAAAUACAAAACAGUGCGAAAGCUUUUAUUUUAUUGGAGAAGAUGGUUUUGACUCCAUCAAAAUUGAAUCCAAACUGUUCAGGUUUGCGGCCACGGAUAAUGAAAUUGAAAUUUUUGAGAUGCAAAAAUCCGUGCUAAGAAGAAUCAAUUUCAAAAAAGACGAUGCUCCAAAUAUCUACAGCUGCAUUUUACAAAUCAUAGGCCCAAGUAAUGACAAUUACAGACAGAGCAGAAAAGUUGGGAAUCUCACAAUCUCUACUCAAAUUAAAAAAUCAAGGUCGAAUCUGAAGAUUUCUAAAGCAAGUGGGACCUCCAUUGAAGACCCCAUGGGUCCCCUCAAUUCCAAUCUCAAAGACUUUUUGUCAUUAUUCUCUAAUUUUGCAAAAUUAUCUACUGAGCAGAAGGAAACCGGACAUGGGGAGCACACUCCAGAUGACCCCGAGGAAAUCAGCAUUUCCAAACUCAUUUUUAACUAUGAAGUACAGAGGGCAUUCAGUGAUGUGUCAAAAAGCAUAGAUAUUGCGCAUAGGAGCUUGAUUCCUAUACCCCAACAGGAUUAAUUGCGGAUAUAGACAAACACGGUGAGAUUGCGGGAAGCUCAAAAUUUGAAACCGGCCGAAAUAUCAGAUGUCUCCACAGAAGGACUAAAAACUAGGAGUCAAUCAAAAACGCUCCAAGAUGAUGAAGACUAUUUCAUCUACCCGGUUUACUCAAACUAUUAUUCACCCCAAAAGCUAGUAACAUGUCUGGAACGCUACAAGUCAUCACACCCAGAUGCAAAGUCUUACCCCCCUUAUCUCCAAAGGGCUAUCCAAUUUCACCUCAAAUACAAUCGGCUGCUCUCCAUCCACCACUGUAGGGGUGCCUACAACAUAUGUUAUUAGUUAACUUUUUUUCUUGCGACUUUCUCUUGUAUUUUCCUUUAUCGAUCUUUGUACUUGCAAUCCUUUUUCUAAUAAAUUGGAAAGUGUUCCCCGGCGCUUUCCCCACUGUCAGUGGAAUUUUCAAAAAAAAAAAACAGUGUAUUUUAGUAAUUAGGCAAUAAUCCCUUGAUAUUUUUUUAAAAAAAUACUACCAGACUUGGUAAAAAGAGAUUUUGAUUUUUUAGAAAACAUUUUAAGUCUUGUAGCCUCCUUUUGAGUUUGUUUGAAAAUCCAGGCCAUCCUCUUCUCUUGUCGUUUAUUAAGAACAUUACCUUUUGGUUUUUCAAAAUGAGAGAAAGAGGGUGAGCCAUUUUCCUUAGAAACGUGUUGAGGAGGUUUUGAAAAAUUGCCUUUAGGAACAGGAGACGAGGUUAAGUCCCUUUUUCUUGAAAAAUGGUUUUUAUUUUUAUUCUUUUCAAAAAGGGAAUUUUCAGGAGUCUUCGAGCCUUGAGAGGAUUGAUCAGUUAAUUCAGAUAUUUUCUUCAAAAGAUUUUCCUUUUCAGAUUUAAACUUUUCUCAUUCUUCUUCAAAAGAAGAAUGGAGAUCAGCCAUUUUCUUGAUUAUUGCAGGAAAAUAUGGUUCAGAAACUUUUGAAGUGGAGGCCUCUUCCCCAUUGGACACAGUUUGAUUUUCAAGAGGAGAGAGGGCAAUAUAGUCAUCAGAAAGAGAAAUUUGUCUAGUAGCAUAGCUGUCAUUAAGUGCAGUAUAAUCAUAUCCAAUUUCAGCUUUUGCUCUAUUCUUCCUUUUGUCCUCUUCUUCCUCACUAGUUUCAGAAGCACUAGUAUAUUUCAU